AUGUCGUCUACUACAAGAGCACCACAACAGUCUAAAAUGUCCUCGGCUGAAAUGCUUUCUAUAUUCGCCAGUGUGCCUAAUUCAAUGUUCGAAUCCACACCAAAACGCCCCAGAAAACGAGAAUCAGCUCCAGUCGGUCCCAAAACCAAGAGAUCCCGUGUUAGCAAAGACAAAGGCUUGUUAGACAAUGUUGAAGAUCUCUUCGAAUUGAGCAAGCGUCAACAGACACGAGAGAAAUUGUGGAAGUGGUUAGACGAGGAUGACACGAAGGAUGAUAUGUACAUUAGCGAUGGAGAUAUGAAAGUGGAGGGUAAGCAUGUGAGAAGGAGACGCAAAGAAACGAUAGAUCAGCAGCCCACGGUUCUCGAAGACUAUGUCGAAAGACCAGGGAAAGAGCGUGGAAAGAAAUUCAGAAAGCAAAGGAUCAAAGGUGACUUUGUAGACAAAGACCCGGAUGAUGUUACGAUAGAGUAUAUACCUAAUAAUUUUGAAGGUAUUCCUGAGAUCAAGUUUGAAUCUGCAAGGGCCGAAUUUAAAAAGUUUAAAUACUAA